AUGGCCGCACAAAAAAGAAACAAAGAAAUCACGAAAACAGCAAAUUUCUUUGAGAACAUGGUAAUGAUGAUACAAUCUAGACCUAGUUUAGUGUUCGAUUUCGCUUUCUUCUUCGCUUAUAAUAUAGAAAUGAUUUCACCUGAAACUUUGGAAUUGAUUUUGAAAAUGAUGUCAAAAAAUUUCUCAAAUAAAGGAAAUAUGCCACUUUUUCUAUCGUUCUUUUUCAUGGUUUUGAUGAAUUCGAAUUUAGCUGAACUGAAAUUACCUUUCAUGAAGAAUUUCUAUGAUUCUUUGAAGAGUUUCGCCCAGAAAAAUAAUUUUUCUGUUUUCACUUCACUUUUGGCUUCAAAUGACUUCACUUCACUUGUUUAUAGUGAAGAAGAGAAAUCAAGAAUUAAUAAGUUUGUUGAGAAUUACGAGAAGACGUCUAAAGAAGUUUUAGAAAGUUAUGAAAUUAAACAAGAACAAAACAGAGAAAAUUUGAAAAUAGAAAAUGUUUUGAAAGAAGCAGAAGAAAUACAAGAAAUGUUUCACAGAGAGUUUUUUGUGAAUUUGGACACGAAACUGAGAGAAUGCGAGAGUUUGGAGUGUAAAUUAAAGAUUUCAAGAGAUAUUUAUCAUUCACAGAAUUUAACAAAAGAAGAACUUGAAAAAGAAACAAAAUCUUUUCACAUUUCUCCUUUCUUUUCUCCGAAAUCUUCUCCUUCUUUAAUCAUCCCUUCUAAACAAAUUUUACAAACUCCAAAUUUAGUUCACUCUAAAAAACAAAAUUUAGAAGAAAAUCAAAGUCAAGGAAUUAGAGAUAAUAAUGAUGAAGAAUCUAAUAUAAUUAAACAAGAUGAAAACAACAAAGAUUUUGAUCAAGAAAAACUAAAUUUAGAAAAUAAUAAUAAAAAUCAAAAUAAAGAAAAAUCAAUUUCAAAAGAUGAAAAUAGAAAAGAAAUUGAAGUAAUUCUAAAUCAACAAGGUGAAAAUAAUGAAGAAAGGAAAGAUAUUGUUCAGGUAAUUACACAAGAUGAAAACAGCCAAGAAAUUGGAGAAAAACUAGAACUACAAGAUGAAUUUGAAAUAAUUCAAAUUUCACAAGAUGAAAUCAACGAAAAUAUUACAGUUAAUCUAAAUCCUCAGGAUAAAAAUAGAAAAGAAAUUGUUCAAAAUAUUCAUAAUGAAGAAAACAAAGUAAUACGAAAUACACAAGAAGAAAUCAACAAAGAAAUGAAAGUGAAAACAACUAAUGAAAAUCCAAUUACUGAAGAAACCAAAGUUACUCCAAAUUUACAAGAUAAAAACAACAGAAAAGAAAUGCAAGAGAAUCCAAUUACUGAAGAAAUGCAAGAGAAUCCAAUUACUGAAGAAAUGAAAGUAAUUAAAAAUUCACAAGAUAAAACUACUAACGGAAAUACAAUUACUGAAGAGAAUAAAGUGAUUCAAAAUAAAGACAACAAAGAAAUUGGACUAAAUCCAAAUCCUCAAGAUAAAAUUACUGAAGAAACUAAAGUAACUCAAAAUAUACAAAAUAGAAAUCCAAUUAAUUAUGAUAAAUUUUCAGUUAAAAACAAGUUUUAUCCACUGAUUUCGAAAGAAAGUUCUAUUUACAGUGUUUCGUAUUCCAAUGACAUCAAAUCACAAAUAGAGAUGAUUUACAAUCCGAAAUGUUUCAUGAACACUAAAUUAAUAAGACUAUUCACAAGAAUUCCAUGUGUUUCAUUCAUUCACAACGGAAUUUUGAUGAUUCUUUCUAAUUCCAAAUAUGAAAACGAUGAAAUCAAAUUCAUUGAAGAAGAAAAUCAACAAUUUCUUUACUUUUUAUCACGAGUUGAAGAAGGAGAUUACGGAAACAACUACACGAUGUUUCUUGGCCAUCCUUUGAUUUCAAUCAGUGAUGUUGCAUUUUGUUACGAAUACUUUGGAAAUUCUUCUGAAAUCUACUCAGCAUUGAAUGGAGUUUUCAUUGUAGAAUUCGAAGGAGAAUAUAGUUUAGUUCAUGGAAUAAAAAGGAAAGGAUUAGAAACAGACCAAAACUUGUGGACACAAGGAGAAAUGUCCAAUUUAAAGUACAUUUUGUCUGUGAAUCAUUUCGCAAAAAGAAGUUUUGUUGAUUGUUCAAAUUAUCCAAUUUUUCCAAGAUUAAUCAAAGAUUUAAGCUUGAAAAAUCAAAACAAAACUGAAGAAAAUGAAGAUGAUUUUAUUAUUUUAGAUGAAGAUAAAUUGGAAGAAGAAAUCGAAGUUUUUGGAUUUAAAAUGAGAAAUCUUUCUCUUCCUAUUGAAAUUGCAUGCGGAACAAAGAAAGAAAAAGAGAUAAUAAUGAAUAGAUUUGAUGUUCAAGGCUUCCAUUUCACUGAGAACAUUUCGAACUCUUCUUUUGUUUCUUCUCUUUUAUUGAGAUAUUCUCCUUUUUGUAAUAUACAAUGGGACAUUUUUAAUGGAAAUUGGGAUACUCCUGAACGAAUAUUUAUUGACGUUUCGAAACAUUUAUCAUGUUCACAGAGAGUUAACCAUGAAAUGAUCCCUGAAAUGUUUUAUUUUCCGGAAAUUUUCAUGAAUUUGAAUAAUUUUUCUUUUGAAAAUGGAAAAGAAAUUGUUUCUCAGUUCCCUGAUUGGGCAUCAAGUCCUUAUUCAUUUGUUACUAUCAUGAGAGAGAUCUUGAAUUCCGAUGAAGUCAGAACUAAUUUAAAUAAUUGGUUUGACAUUGUUUUCGGAUUUAAACUUAACAAUUCUAAGUUUUUGAACACUUUUCAUCCGAAUUCGAUUCAUUGCGAAGAAGAUGACAAUGAAGAAAAGAAAGAAUGGAGAUUUAUUUACGGAGAAGUUCCUCAACAAAUCUUUAAUUCAUCACAUCCAAAAUCUUCUUUUAGUUUUGUUGGAAAUAUUAUGACAUUUGAUGUUGAUUUUGAAUAUGAUCCUGUUUCUUCUAUAAUUUCUAUUGGAAAUAUAAGUGUUGCAACUGGUUUAUCUUUCGCAAGACAUGUUUCAACUGAUGGAAAAACAAUUUCGUUGACAUCUAGAGAUGGAAUUGUUUUUCUUUAUACUUUUCCUUCUUUGAAAUUUUUAAAUAAGUUCUCAAGAAAAGGUUGUUACAUGUCUAAAGUGUGCACAGAGUGUUUCCUUUGUGUAUCUGUUUUCAAUGGAUUUGUUGUGUUUUGGUCUAUUUCAAAUGCAAGAAUAAUUAAUAUUAUUAAUAUUGAUUUUGUCAACAAUAUAGAGAUAUUGAAAGAAAAUCAUUUUGUUUUGAUUCACUCUGGAGAGAAAAUUCUCACUUUCUCUCCAAGUGGAUUCCCUGUUUAUUAA